AUGUCCGCUACUAGCCCGUACACUAUCCGUCACCUGGCGAAAGGAGAGGAUGUUGAGCCAGUUAUCAGUGUGCUGAACGAAGCAUUUAGUCAAGAUAAAUUCAGCAAUCUCAUUAGUUACCACGAUAACGAGGUGCUUGGACAAAUUCAGAGAUCACAAGUGGUCGCUGCCUCCAUCGCUGGGGAUAUUUACGCCGCUGAAGAUAUUAACAAAACCGUGGUUGGGGCCGCUGUCUGGUUUGAACCUGGCCGAACUCUAUUCGAUAGUGAUGACCAGAGAGCUUCAGCUUUAUUACCUAUGAUGACCAAAUUUUCCCCUCAGCUCCAAAAAUGGUGGAAGGAAGAGGCAAGGGAGAGUGCCAUGCUCGAUUCAUGGCAUUUACAAUCCAUCGGUGUCAUUCCAGAGCACCAAGGCAAAAGCAUAGCAAAAGCCCUGAUUCAAGAGGUUCAAGCCAAGGUCAGCCAUCAAUCAUCACCCUAG